UUUACAUUAUUCUAGCAAGCCACUAAUAAAACGCGUGAAAUAAACAAAUUAAAAAUAAAUGGAAUAAUUUUGUUUGUAAUGAAAUAAAAUUAUAUUCAAAUUUUAUUGAACGUUAAGAAAGACUAAAAAUGAAAGUAGAAAAAACAAACACAGCAACGCCUCAAAAGCAAGAGCCUACGCAGCAGCAACUAUCACAGAAUCGUAAAUCAUCAGUUUGGUCAAGAGAGAAAAUAAACCAAUUGAUAGAGCUAUACAAAAAACAUGAAUGUCUUUGGAAUCACUGGCAUGAAUCCUACAAGAAUAAAGAGAAACGUAAUCGAGCUAUAGAGGAUAUUUGUACAACUUUAAAUGUUCCAAAAUUUGAGUUUGGCAAAAAGAUACACAAUCUACGCAAUCAAUUCAAUACGGAAAUGAAAAAACUGGAGCAGCGUAUAGAAGAGGCAGGUGUUAGCUUAGAUGAUGCCAUUGCCAUGGAUUUACGAUGCAAGUGGAGUCAUUUUGAGUCGCUAAUGUUUUUACGUCAUGUUAUUGAACCCAGGCCAGGAGGUUAUCAAGCCGCGUACCAGCCACCAAAGAAAAUGCGUGUAAGAUUCGAUUUUAGUAAUGCAGAAGAUGAUCAUAAUGUUAGCACUGUUCUGCCCAAUAGUAGUGGUAGUAGCAAUACUACGCAACCAGAUGAUGUGUCACAAUUUCAAUAUGAUGACAAUGUCACCGAAGAAAUAAUCACCGACGAUUAUCAAUCUUUCGAAAAUGAAGUCAUAGAAGUUGAUCAAACAAAUUGUCGUGAGGAGGGCUGUGAUCAAAAAUAUCAACCUCCAACACAACUACAAAACAACCAAGAAUUAACUACCAUUUCCUCACGAAAUUUCACAAAAUCUUUAAAUAAAACUAAAUCCCAACAUUUACCACCUAUUUCGUCUAGUUGCACCUCUUCACAAACGGAAGUUAUAAACAUAAAUGAUGACUCAUCAUCAAUCAUAGAAUUAAGUUCAAAUAAUUUAUCAGUUGUUUCUUCGCAUUCAAACACUAUUUCAGCCGCCUCAGCAACCUCCUCUUCAUCUUUAACUACUCCUCUAAUAUCUUCCAUAUCAACGUCGAGUUCAUCAAAUCGACCUGUAACGGUUGUACGUGAUCAAUGGGAUGCAUUUGGUGAAUUAGUGGCGAAUGAAUUUCGUAAUUUAAAUUCAGAAGUUUCACGCAAACGUCUUAAAAGAAAAAUCAUGCAGGCCAUGUUGGAGGUGGGCGAAGAGGAUGAUCAUUUAAUGGAUAAUCGUUCGAGAAAUAAUUAAAGCAUGUUAUAUAUGUUAGUGUAGUUUUAAGUUAAGAAAUUAAAAAUUAAUAAAAUGUAAA